UAAAUUUUAAUAAUGUUUUAUAUGUAUACGUAAAUUGAGUUAUUUGAAACUGUUACUUUACUUUAGGACAAACUGGUUCCACUUUACUGCCAUCUGGUAGACAUAGUCAAAACUAAUUAAUUCAGUUUUGUAAUUUCAAACAACUAUACUCUUCUUCUUCCUCUAAAGCAGUUGAUAUGAUAGCACAAAAUUGUUUUCAUCAUAAAAGAAUCAAAAUUCAAAUAAAAAAAAUUACGUAUGUAUUAUUAAAGACAUUAGACUUUUUCGCGACUGAAAAUCGAACUUGUAGUUACUAUCUCUAUCUCUUUUGAUCUUAGUUGUCAUAUGUCAUAUUUAAAUCUCUUCACUCGCUCAUACUACACAUACUACAACCAGAGACAACCUACAACCAGUCAACCACUCGCGAAAAAAGGCCUAUUGUAAUAAGAAAGCAAUUCUAACCUCAAAUUUAGUAUUAAACAUUAAACAUUUUUAAUUUUAAAUGUCUUUUCAAAAAAAAUUAUUUGUGACAAAAACUGUGUUCCGUUUCUUAACACAUUUCUCAAAACUUGAUAAAAAUGUUAAACCAACCAUGGCAAUCAUCCAAAGCUACGCGGAAGAAAAAACGUAUUGUCGUAAAUUUGUUAAGCAAUUAAAGUACAUCCUAGCCAUCACCUCAGGCUAUAUCACGUAUAAAGCCUUUAAGGAAAACAUAACUUUAAUGCCAAACGUAUCAGCUGCAUCUGUGUUUAGUGGCAAUUCUCUUGCGGGAAGGAGAAGCCAGUUUAAUUUUAUUGCGGAUGUGGUCCAAACAUCGGCACCAACUGUAGUUUACAUAGAAAUAAAAGACAGCAGAAAACUAGACUUCUUUACCGGUAGACCCGCGACAAUAUCUAAUGGAUCAGGUUUCAUAAUAGAGAAAAAUGGUCUUAUUUUAACUAAUGCCCACGUGGUCACAAAUAAGCCAAAUGCUCAAGUCGAAGUUAGGCUUAUGGAUGGAUCUAUUUUCCAUGGAGUUGUAGAAGAUAUUGAUUUAAAGAGUGAUUUAGCCACAGUUCGAAUACCAGCAAAUAAUUUACCAGUGAUGAAACUGGGCACUUCUUCAGAUUUGAAACCGGGAGAAUUCGUAGUUGCGAUAGGAAGUCCUUUAGCAUUGAGUAAUACUGUGACUAGUGGUGUUGUUAGCUCAACUCAAAGAGGAUCGCAAGAACUGGGUUUAACGGGAAGAGAUAUGGUUUACAUACAAACAGAUGCUGCAAUAACCUUCGGUAACUCUGGAGGGCCUCUGGUCAAUUUAGACGGCGAAGCUAUUGGUGUGAACAGUAUGAAAGUGACGGCUGGUAUCUCUUUUGCGAUCCCGAUAGAUUACGUAAAGAAAUUUUUGGAUUCCACGACCGGCCCAAAGAAAAAAGAAGACGGUCCCAAGAGACUUUAUAUGGGUAUCACGAUGCUUACGUUAACCCCUCAGAUCAUCCACGAAUUGCAACAAAGGGAUCAUCUAAUUCCGAGAGACAUCCAAGGGGGUGUUUUAGUGUGGAAGGUCAUUUACGGUUCCCCUGCUCACAGUGGUGGAUUACAGCCUGGUGACAUUGUAACUCAAAUUGAUGGGAAACCCGUACAACACGCCGAUGAUAUUUACAAUAUUUUGUCAAACACCAAGUCUAGGUCACUGAAAAUGUCCAUCAGCAGAUUUGGUCAAAAACUUAAUGUAACAGUAACACCGGAAGAUGUGAAUUUACAAACAAAACUUUGAAUUAAACGCUUAUUUGCUGCAUUUUGUAAAUAUUGUGUAUUUAAGCAAUAAUAUAUUUCGUUUUCAAAAA